AUGGGAUCUAAAAGAAGACUGUCAGAAAAAACGGAGCACUUUGAUCCGGUGACGACGUCCGUUCCUGAGCUUGCAGCCGAAAUAGCAGAGGAGAGAACUAAAACUCAUCCCAUCCCACCAGAGGAACCACUUGAGCAUCAUGAUGCUGGGGAAUUUAGUGGUUUAACUCGCCAUCAAACGACUACAGAGCAGGCUGCGAAGUUGGAGGAUGCCAAGAUCAAUCCUUUUACUGGCCAAGAGUUUACACCAAGGUAUUUUGACAUACUGAAGAUUAGACGUGAACUACCAGUUCACGCUCAACGUGCAGAAUUUUUGAAGAUUUAUCAGAACAACCAGAUCAUGGUCUUUGUUGGUGAGACCGGUUCCGGUAAGACAACACAGAUUCCUCAAUUUGUGCUGUUCGAUGAAAUGCCUCACCUACAGAAUACCCAGGUAGCCUGUACUCAACCACGUCGUGUGGCCGCGAUGUCGGUUGCACAAAGAGUUGCUGAGGAAAUGGAUGUUAAACUGGGCGAGGAAGUCGGUUACUCCAUUAGAUUUGAAAACAAGACUUCCAACAGAACUAUUUUGAAGUACAUGACUGAUGGUAUGCUUCUAAGAGAAGCUAUGGAGGAUCAUGAAUUGAAACGCUACUCCUGUAUCAUUUUAGAUGAAGCACACGAACGUACUUUGGCUACAGAUAUUCUGAUGGGCUUAUUGAAGCAAGUGGUUUUGAAGAGACCCGAUUUGAAAAUUAUUGUCAUGUCAGCCACUUUGGAUGCAGAGAAGUUUCAGCGGUAUUUUCAUAACGCUCCUCUGCUAGCAGUUCCUGGCAGAACUUUCCCAGUGGAGAUUUAUUACACUCCCGAGUUCCAAAGAGAUUACUUGGAUUCUGCUAUUCGCACUGUUUUGCAAAUACACGCCACGGAAGAAUCUGGUGAUAUUCUUUUGUUUCUGACAGGUGAAGACGAGAUCGAAGAUGCUGUAAGAAAGAUAUCCCUCGAAGGUGACCAAUUGGUGAGGGAAGAAGGCUGCGGUCCUCUAUCUGUCUAUCCACUUUAUGGUUCUUUACCACCUCAUUUACAGCAGCGUAUCUUCGAGCCUGCCCCUGAGUCGCAUAAUGGAAGGCCUGGUAGAAAGGUCGUGGUGUCCACCAAUAUCGCAGAGACAUCUUUGACCAUCGAUGGUAUAGUUUAUGUUGUCGAUCCGGGGUUUUCUAAACAGAAAGUCUACAAUCCUCGUAUCAGGGUCGAAUCAUUGCUUGUGUCACCUAUUUCUAAGGCAUCUGCUCAACAGAGAGCUGGUCGUGCCGGUCGUACCAGACCCGGUAAAUGUUUCAGAUUAUACACAGAAGAAGCUUUCAAGAAAGAAUUGAUUGAGCAAAGUUACCCCGAGAUUCUGCGCUCAAAUCUGUCAUCCACUGUCCUAGAAUUGAAGAAGCUGGGUAUCGAUGAUCUUGUGCACUUCGAUUUUAUGGAUCCUCCGGCUCCAGAGACCAUGAUGAGGGCUCUCGAAGAACUGAACUACUUGGCGUGCUUAGAUGACGAGGGUAAUUUAACAGCAUUGGGUAGACUGGCCUCCCAGUUCCCACUUGACCCAAUGUUGGCUGUCAUGCUGAUUGGCUCAUUUGAAUUCAACUGUUCUGAAGAAAUUUUGACCAUUGUUGCCAUGCUUUCCGUGCCCAACGUGUUCAUGCGUCCAUCGAAGGACAAGAAAAGAGCUGAUGAUACCAAGAACUAUUUUGCACACUCCGACGGUGACCACAUAACUCUGCUGAACGUUUACCAUGCUUUCAAGUCGGACGAAGCCUACGAAUACGGUAUACACAAGUGGUGCCGGGAUCACUUCUUGAAUUAUAGAUCGCUUGCUGCAGCAGACAACAUUCGUUCUCAGCUGGAGAGGCUAAUGAUUCGGUAUAACCUAGAACUAAACACGACCGACUUCGAAAGUCCAAAGUACUUUGACAACAUUAGAAAAGCCCUAGCCUCCGGGUUUUUCAUGCAGGUGGCCAAGAAGCGUUCAGGCGGCAAAGGAUACAUUACUGUUAAGGACAAUCAGGAUGUCUUGAUACAUCCAAGCACAGUUCUGGGCCACGAUGCGGAAUGGGUUAUCUACAAUGAGUUUGUUCUAACGACAAAAAACUACAUACGCACGGUUACAUCGGUGAGGCCCGAGUGGCUAAUAGAAAUUGCGCCAGCCUAUUACGACCUAGAAAAUUUCCAGAAAGGUGAUGUUAAGUUGUCGCUUGAGAGGAUCCAUGAAAGAGUGCACACCAUGAAGCAGCUAAAAACUGAAAAACACAAGAAGAAGAGCAAGAAGGACAAGCAUAAUGGAAAAUAA